CUCCCGCUCCCUCUCUCUCCCUUUUUGUCUCUCUCUCCCUCUCCCUCUCCCCCAUCUCUGAUUAGAUACACUGAUUCUUCAUUCAAUGGACGUCAUUUAGAACAGGCUCUGCCUUGAGUUGCCUUCUCGCUUCACGCUCGAUUUCCAGCCAUUCUUCCCUUAUUAAGUGUUCGUGUAAUAUUAAUAGUCAUGAAUAUCUGCUAUUAGGAGUCUCCAGGAAGGCAGCAGAUCUGUUAUUAGGAGCUCAAGUGAAGCAGCAGCUAAGUCAAAGGAGAAAAAGAAAGAGUCAGAGGAAAAAAAAAGGAUUAAGAAACAAACACACACACGCUAAAAAAAAAGGAAAAAAAUAAGCGCCAAACAAACAACAAAAAAAACCAAACCAAAACAAAAAAAAAAAAAAAAAAAAAAGAAAAAGCAACCAACUUUGACUCCUCACACCGCGCCAGGAUAGAGAGCUCGCCUUGGGAUCACCCGAUGAAGGGCAGCAGAGAUCGGUGCAAGUUCUGAUGGAUUAUCGUGGCGCGCCCGCGGUGCAGGAGCAGCCCCGGCGCCCCGGUCCCGCCGCCCGCGCCUAGCGCCGGCUCCGGCCGCGCUCCCUCCGCGCCCGCGCCGCGCCCGCACCCGCGGGGUCCGCCGGGGGCUGCGCGCUUCGCCGGUCCCUUUCCUCUGCCUUCUUGUUGUUUUUUCUGCCUUGACUUGUAACCCCCGACUCUUCGCAGAUGUUAGUGCACAGUUUUUCGGCUAUGGAGCGCCACGACAGUACCAGCAACGGGACAGCCCGGUUACCCCAGCUGGGGACCGUGGGUCAGUCUCCCUACACCAGCGCCCCACCGCUCUCGCACACCCCCAACGCCGACUUCCAGCCGCCCUACUUCCCCCCCCCUUACCAGCCCAUCUACCCCCAGUCUCAGGACCCCUACUCCCACGUGAACGACCCGUACAGCCUCAACCCCCUGCACGCCCAGCCGCAGCCCCAGCACCCAGGAUGGCCGGGACAGAGACAGAGCCAGGAGACGGGGCUGCUCCACACGCACCGCGGCUUGCCCCACCAGCUCUCGGGGCUCGACCCGCGCAGGGACUACCGGCGGCACGACGACCUGCUGCACGCCCCGCACGGGCUGGGCUCGGGGCUGGCCGACCUGCCCCUGCACUCCAUCCCCCACGCCAUCGAGGACGUGCCGCACGUAGAAGACCCCGGUAUUAACAUCCCAGAUCAAACUGUAAUUAAGAAAGGCCCCGUGUCCCUCUCCAAGUCUAACAACAACGCCGUCUCCUCCAUCCCCAUCAACAAGGACGCACUCUUCGGCGGGGUGGUGAACCCCAACGAGGUCUUCUGCUCGGUGCCGGGCCGCCUCUCGCUGCUCAGCUCCACCUCCAAGUACAAGGUCACGGUGGCGGAAGUGCAGAGACGCCUGUCGCCGCCCGAGUGCCUCAACGCCUCCCUGCUGGGCGGAGUGCUCCGGAGGGCAAAGUCUAAAAACGGAGGGAGAUCUCUGAGGGAGAAACUGGACAAAAUAGGACUAAACCUGCCAGCCGGGAGGCGUAAAGCUGCUAACGUUACCUUGCUCACCUCGCUCGUGGAGGGAGAAGCAGUACAUCUAGCUAGAGAUUUUGGGUACGUUUGUGAGACAGAAUUUCCUGCCAAAGCAGUAGCUGAAUUUCUCAACCGACAACAUUCCGAUCCAAACGAGCAAGUCACAAGAAAAAACAUGCUUCUAGCUACAAAACAGAUCUGUAAAGAGUUCACCGACCUGCUGGCUCAGGACCGAUCUCCCCUGGGGAACUCGCGGCCCAACCCCAUUUUGGAGCCGGGCAUCCAGAGCUGCCUGACCCACUUCAACCUCAUCUCGCACGGCUUUGGGAGCCCGGCGGUGUGUGCUGCCGUCACCGCCCUGCAGAACUAUCUCACCGAGGCGCUCAAGGCCAUGGACAAAAUGUACCUCAGCAACAACCCCAACAGCCACACAGACAACAGCACCAAAAGCGGCGACAAAGAGGAGAAGCACCGAAAGUGAGGAUCCCCCCCACACACGCUCCUCUCCCUUCCCCCUCAUAGCCCAUCGAUCCAUUCAUCUCCCUCCUCCCUCUCCCCGGCACCCAGCACCCCAGGCUACAGCAACAGAAUGAGCGUCCUUCUGCCAGUCUUGUUCUCUGACUCUGCAGGACUGCUCUGCCCUCUCUCCACACCCCUUCCCAGCAUCCACAUUUCCAUUUGCUCCUGCUUAAAUUCCCCUCUCUUCCCACUGCCACCAUCGUUUAACCCCAGUUUGAAGCCUAAGAGAACAGAACAGGGGGACGGAGCCAGCAAAGAAAAAAAGUUCUGUCUUGAGUUUGUGAACUUUUUUUUAAAUAAAACAAAAGGAGAAAAAAAACCCAACAAAAAAUAAAACAAAAAAGAAAAGGACUUUUUUUUCUAAAAAUAUAUUAAAAAUUAAAAAAAAAACAAACAAAAAGAAAUAAAUAAUACUUUAAAAUUCUAUGAGCUUCACCGGACUGAAUCACCACCUUCCCUUACAUAAACUUCAGUUAAGAUUGUAGCCAUACUAAAAAUGAAAGAAAAAAGUGAAAAAGUACAAGAGCAACAGCAGACAGACAAAAGUCAAAGAGGACUGAUGACAUUUUAUCAGUAUUGUGAAUAAACUUGAACACAAAACGCAAGCGGUUCCAUGUCAUAUCUUCAGUUGUAGAACUUUUUCCUGUCCAAGGUAAAGCGACCAACUUGAACUUUCUAUUGCAACACGAUUCACGGUUAUUAUAUAAGGGAAUCAGUGUUCAUGUAUGUAUAUAUUUAUUUAUGUGUAAUUUAAUGGGAAUUGUAAAUAUGGUGAGUCUGUUUUAAGCCUUUUUUUAUUUAUCUGGUGAUCUCGUUUACCUCUUGUUUAGUGGGUUUUAAAUCUUCCCCUCUUAGUUCAUCAUGUGGUUCAUGGUACUUAUUUAGAUAUCAGAGGUUUUUUGGGGGUUUUUCUCUGGGAUUCAUCAUUUUUAGCCCUAUUGUAGCAUGUUAAAAGCGACAAUGAAGCAGCUGAACAAAUAAAAAACCAUUAAUUUUUA